UUCAUUCUUUAAGUAUUGAAUAGAACGAUAGUGUCGCUGUCAGGAGUUCAACAAAUUAUUUCAGGAAGUCAGCUGUCUGCUUUGGAGAAGGAACAGAAUCUCACUUCCUGAUAAUCAAAACCUCCGUGUAACCACACAAACUACCACAAUGAGUGCACGCAAGCGACAAGCCAGAUCAGCAGAAACUGAUAGAAGGAAUAGAUCGCGCAAUUCAACAAAAUCACCUUGGGAAAUGAUUCUGAAGUACGAUAGGCAGUGUACAAAAGCAUUCGGCCUUUGUGCGACACAGAACUCGGCCUUAGGUCAACUUCGACCCUUGAUGAAAGUUUUAGAGAUCAGCUGUCACGGCGUGCCAUGGUUGAUUGGGACAGUAAUUUGGUUUGUCUGUGUCCACAAACCGGAAGAUGUUGAACUUUCAGUUAACCUGUUUCUAGCACUCAUCUUUGACCUGGUGAUUGUGGCAUUGUUGAAGAUGCUGGUUCAACGUCCACGUCCCUCCAACAAUCAGAUGGACAUGUUCGCCACCGUUUCCAUCGACAACUACUCCUUCCCCUCUGGUCACACGACUAGAGCGGCCAUGCUUGCGUGUUUCUACAUCGAGCGUGUGUUGAUCAACCAGCUCCCAAUGACCCUGAUCGUGACGUGGUCUGCGUGUGUAAGUCUAUCGCGUGUGAUGCUAGGACGUCAUUAUGUCUUAGAUGUACUCAGUGGAUGUCUGAUAGGUGUUCUGGAGUAUACAGCCUACUCCCAGUUCUGGAUUCCGCAGGACAAGUGCUUGCUGUGGCUGGAACCCUAUUUCGGUCAUGUUCAUUUGUGAAUAGAACUUUAUAUUUACAUGGUAUAGCAUGACCCGUGAAGAUCCAGGUUAGAACUGAUCUUCAGCAGCCAAUACUAUGAUAAGAAGACCAACGGGAUCGAGUGGUUAGGCUCACUGCCUUGGUUGACAUGUGUCAUUGUAUCCUAAUUUAGGAUCGAUGCUCAUGAUGUUAAUCACUGGAUUGUCUUGCGAGACUCAAUAAUUUACAAGCUGGAAUUUUGUCGAGUUUAGUUUUUAACAUCCAAACAAAACUUGUACAACAUUUACAUUAUACAACAUGUCCAUCAUACAACACAUGUGUGUUGAUUAUAUUUUUUCCGUCGCACAGAUAACCCAUACCAUACCAGAUGCCAGUAAGUUUUCUGCAUGGCUGUUGAAUGGGGGUGAUACAGUGUACCGCAGUAUAAGUAGAACUGCAGUAUUUUGCCUUCAGUUCGAUAUACUGUAAUUCAGUCAAAAAAAUUGGUAUUUUCGGUUUUCAUACUGUCAUUUUAUCAGCCUUUAAAAAGGUUAAUGGAAACCUUUAUAACCCUUUUCUACAAUGUCUAGAAAUCAAAUCAUUUUGUCAAAAUCGAUCUAGGUUUGGCUUUUGU